CUGCAGCCGCCCGAGCGACGAGCUGCCCCGCGCAGGCGAGGGGAGUCGACCUCUUGUUGUUCGGUUAGUUUUCAAACGCCUCUAAAGUCCCGCGGCAGGAGGAGCAUGGCUCGCUCGGGCUGAACACAACGCGGCGAAGGCGAACAUGGCUGAACAGGUCGGGGACAGCGUCGCUCAGCCCGCUUGCUUGACCAGAACGUAACGGUUGCGCGACCGACGUCCGCAAAAACAAGAGCGUGAAUCCAGCUCACGCGCUGGGUAGUUUUUUUUUUAGCCAAGUGUUUUGAAGUUUGAGGCUCAGUUCGUGUUCGUCUCACGGGUGAGAAUGGACCGAGGUGGCUGCCAGAUGAGCGGCGGCGGUGGAGGCGGCGGCGGCGGCAGUGUGGCUGACGGGCCUGACCGAGGCGGGAUGAUCUCCCUGGAGGACCUGGAGUCUUUCUCCGAGGACCAGCUGUCAGACUCGCACAGCCUGGAGGACGACGCGGAGGUCAUGGAGGAGGACGAGAAUUCGGACCGGCUGCUGCAAUACUGGCAGGACAUAGCCAGGGGACACCAAGUGGACGUUUCUCAAGACAUGGCAGAACCCAUUCAGCAGCUGACCAGCAACAAUGACGGACGCAGCACCAGAGAACACAUCCCAUUCACUCUGCUCGCACGGAGAGAAAAGUGCGGAAAACUGCUCUACGAGAAACGGCACUAUGAAAAGGGUCAAUGGGCUUGUAUAACAAUGCGUGAGGACACUUACGAACAGAGCAUCUGUUAUGGUUUUAUGAGGAUAAUGAGAUACAUCUGCAAGGAGAAUUCUGUAGGCAACUACCUGGGCAUGACGCUCCCCAUCGUGACGAUAGUACGCACAAAUGAGAACCACUCUGUGAUCUCCCAUGGCGUCACCGUGGCAUACUACCUUCCUGUUGAGCAUCAGGCCCAGCCCCCACAACCUACUGACAGCGAGAUCAUCAUAGAGAACUGGCCCACCACUGUGGUGUUCACAAGGCCCUUCACUGGUCCCACCAAUGAAGUGACCAUCAUUGAACAGAUCAACGCUAUGGCAGAGGUGCUAGACUCUCCCAGCGUGUGUGUCAAUGACUCAUUCAUUGUGGCCGGCUACACCAACCCUGCUCACAGCGACCGUCAAAAUGAGAUCUGGUUCCUUGAGCGACGCUGAGGGACGGGCGACGUAGCAGCAUCCUUGUAUCUGUGACCUUGAGCCUAAUAAAGACUCCUUCAACACUGCCCCAACCCAGCUACAGCCUCAGGUGCAAAAUCCCCUCUGUAAUCAGCCACUGCUACGUGAAACCACCACCAGCCCAUCACACCCCUCAGCAUUUCAGUCUUGAUUAAAAAAAACAAACAACUCAUACAUUACUCAAACCUCAGUGAAUUUUCAUUCACGUUCAUUUAGCUAUAUCCUUAUCUUACCUCUAACAGCUGAACAAAACCACUGCCAUUCACUCAUGGACACAACCCAACCGCUUAGGUGAAGUGUAGCGUUAUUCUCCCGCUCUCACACCGAGAUGACCAGAACCUUUCCUGAGCACAGCGUUCUCUCGUUAAAGUCGUUUUAACAGUUUUAACUCUUAGCACUCCGGGACAUAGUAACCAUCGAGUCAGAAAGAUGUAACAGCAGCAGGUCUUUAUGCAGCCUUAUUACUCCCCCCUUUCUACGAUGUCUUGUCAUGUGGGCUGAAGUUCAAUUCAAACUGUUUCUCUGUCGUUCUCAAGCUUUCUGAAUUGAUUUCAACCCUGACACUAUUGAUCCACUACAGACAUAAACUGACUACACUCUGUGAUGCCAAUCACACUGCAUAUUUUUGCUUUAACAAUAAGUGCAAUACUUACCAGACAACCAGCAACAACAAGCCAGUAACAACAGUUCCUGAGCCGCUGACGUGUUCAGUCGCAGGUAUUGUGGGUGGGGAACAGUAGCGCAACACAACCUGACAAACAACAUCCAAUCCAGAACCGGUGGAUUAAACCAGAGAUACACUAUACACACAAUAAGGAGACAACAAUGUAGACGACGAACACACGUGAAUGUAACGUGGUCAUGUGUGUUAGUGCAUGAAUGUAUAGCUACAGGGAGAGAGGGUGAGGACAAACAGAACACUUCUAGAAACCAAACGCUGAAAAACUCACUGAUCCUACUGCUGAAUGACAAUCAUAGAGUACUUAUUAUAUGUACAUUCUUUUCUUCAGAGAAAACAAUGUAACGAAACCAAUGCAUUCCUCAUGGUUCAAGGCACAUUCACACACAGGAAUAAGUAUGUACCUCUUUAUCAUGCUCUUUCUAUUGCUACUCUGUGUCAAUGUUAGUGAGUAUGCAUUCACUACUGUAUCGCAAACGCCACUGCUUCUGAGUAGGAACAGCGUAACAAAGAAAAUUAGAGCACAAAGAAAUACCUCUACUGUGAUUAUACUCUUAUUACAUAGACAGCAAUUGAAUUGUGUUCUUAGUUCAAGCUGUAUUUAAUGUUCUAUCACCAGUAUAAGAAGUCAAAAUGAAAGAUGUAUGUUUAGCUUUGCUAUGUUUGAAAUAAAACAUACCAGUACCAUGCAAAAAACCAAGCAAAGCAUCAACCCAACUCCACCUACUACACGGUAAUAUAGGAAUGUUUCUGCUUCGGAAAUUAAUUUACUGCUUGGGUGCAAGUAAAAUAAAACUGGAAGUCAAUUA